AUGACCAGCACCAGCAAUCUGCGACAGAAUUACAGCACAGGAGACAUCGACGACGCUUCGCCUCCACCAACAAGACCAGCCGAACCUCAUCAUACAAAUGCGACACUUGUCACGCCCGGAGGGACUCAGGUCCCACCAACAUAUUCGAACUUUGAAGACUCGCCUUCCAAGAAACCAACAACGACCACGAAAACGAUCCUGGACGAUGCCUGCAAACAUCUCAUUUCAGUCGACGAAAAGCUCAGGCCUGUGAUCGAGAAGCAUUACUGUCGCAUAUUCAGUCCAGAAGGUUUAGCUGAGCAAAUCGAUCCUUUCCGGAGCUUGACAAGCGGGAUUAUGGCCCAGCAAGUUUCCGGUGCAGCAGCGAAAAGCAUUAAGAACAAAUUCAUCAGCCUUUUCCCAGCAGAGGCAUGUCCGAAUGGCUUUCCGCCUCCAAGUAUCGUAGCCAAGACUGAUAUUGCGACAUUGAGAACGGCCGGUCUCAGCCAGCGGAAGGCAGAAUACAUCCAAGGCCUGGCGCAGAAAUUUCAUUCCGGGGAGCUUUCCGCGAAAAUGCUAAUGGAGGGUUCCGACGAGGAAGUCAUGGAGAAGCUCGUAGCUGUUCGUGGCCUCGGAGCUUGGAGUGUAGAGAUGUUUAUGUGCUUCGGUCUAAAGCGUAUGGAUAUCUUCAGCACCGGCGAUCUUGGUGUGCAAAGAGGCAUGUCAGCAUUUGUAGGACGAGAUGUCGCUAAGCUGAAAGCGAAGGGUGGUGGCAAAUGGAAGUAUAUGAGUGAGAAGGAUAUGUUGGAGAUUAGCGAGAAGUUCAGACCCUAUAGGAGCUUGUUCAUGUGGUACAUGUGGCGGAUAGAGGAUGUGAAUGUUGAUGCUGUACAGGACAAUGCGGAGAGACCUGUUGAUGCGUAG